UUUGACUGGCGGAGGCUGUGCUCCUUGGCCCGGCUCGGGGCUGCUGUGAGGCGGAGGGUGCGGCUGGAGCACAGACCAUGUUCCGAGCGGCGGCUCCUGGGCACCUCCGGCGGGCGGCCUCAUUGCUACGAUUUCAGAGUACCCUGGUAAUAGCUGAGCAUGCAAAUGAUUCUCUAGCACCCAUUACUUUAAAUACCAUCACUGCAGCCAAACGUGUUGGAGGUGAAGUGUCCUGCUUAGUAGCUGGAACCAAAUGUGACAAGGUGGCACAAGAUCUCUGUAAAGUAGCAGGUGUAGCAAAAGUUCUGGUGGCUCAGCAUGAUGCAUACAAAGGCCUCCUUCCAGAGGAACUGACACCAUUGAUUUUGGCAACUCAGAAGCAGUUCAAUUACACACACAUCUGUGCUGGAGCAUCUGCCUUUGGAAAGAACCUUUUGCCCAGAAUAGCAGCCAAACUUGAUGUUGCCCCAAUUUCUGACAUCAUUGAGAUCAAGUCACCUGAUACAUUUGUGAGAACUAUUUAUGCAGGAAAUGCUUUAUGUACAGUGAAGUGUGAUGAGAAAGUGAAGGUGUUUUCUGUCCGAGGAACAUCUUUUGAAGCUGCAGCAACAAGUGGAGGUAGUGCCAGUUUAGAAAAUGCAUCAAGUACCUCACCAGUAGGAAUAUCAGAGUGGCUUGACCAGAAAUUAACAAAAAGUGAUCGACCAGAGCUAACUGGUGCCAAAGUGGUGGUAUCUGGUGGUCGGGGUUUGAAGAGUGGAGAGAACUUUAAGUUAUUAUAUGACUUGGCAGAUCAACUACAUGCUGCAGUUGGUGCUUCUCGUGCUGCUGUUGAUGCUGGCUUUGUUCCCAAUGACAUGCAAGUUGGACAGACAGGAAAAAUAGUAGCACCAGAACUUUAUAUUGCUGUGGGAAUAUCUGGAGCCAUCCAACAUUUAGCUGGGAUGAAAGACAGCAAGACAAUUGUGGCUAUUAACAAAGACCCAGAAGCUCCAAUUUUCCAAGUGGCAGAUUAUGGAAUAGUUGCAGAUUUAUUUAAGGUAGUUCCUGAAAUGACUGAGCUGUUGAAGAAAAAGUGAAUCAUGAUCAUAUUUUAAGAAGGAAAACUGUGUCAAAGUAUUCAGCUGAAAUCGUAGAAAUCCAUUGGUAUAACAUCACUGGAAAUCAUGGAGAGCUACAUUUUGUAAUUUGAGUGAAAAAUUGUAACAGAUGUGAGAAUGCUUUUUUAUGAGACUAUUAUUAUGUUUCUUUUUAAUUAUUUGUGAUUCCAAACAAUUUUUUUUGAAAUUUUCUAAUUCUAUAAUAAAAUCUAUAAUAAAGCCUUUCCACAGCUUUAAAACUA